AUGAUCACUGCCGCUCAAUCACAAAGCUCGGAGACCGACAAGUCCAAACUCACAUUCAUGGUCGGCGACUGCACGCAGCCAUUACAUCUCGACAGUGGGCCCUCCGACAUUGUUCUAGGCGCCUGGCUUCUCAACUACGCCGGCACGCCCACCGAGAUGACAAAUAUGUACACCAACAUCGCCAGCAACCUCAAACCGGGCGGUCAUUUUGUCGGUAUCACGCCGCAUGCAGCACACGAUCUUGAUGAUUUUGCUGACAUGUUCGACCCGAGAAGGUCCAGCAGCUCGAGCCCAACGCACAAAUCAGACAAGUACGGCCUCAGUGUAGCGUACACGGCAAAAGUGGUCAAUGGGUACCGUACGCGAGUCACAGCCCAUGUCCAGCCCAAGGAGAUUUUAGAGCUUCCAUCUUGA